AUGCGUCCUGUUUUACGAUGCGCGGGAGAGCGGCGGCAGGAUACAUCGGCUACUACCGGUGGAAGUGACAUAUCCAUCCUCUGUGACAGCCUCUCCGUGGACACCGACGACUGACAGGAUCCAUGGGCACUGCGAUACGGAUGCACCCUAUGCGCUCCGGUGAUCUGUGGUGACCGGCUCGCCUCGGUGGGGUUGGUGACCCAUAGCUUCAAGCUUUCAUUUCAGCGGAAAGGACAGUUAACACAUCCCCUACUUCCGGGGUCGAUAAAGGGGGACGAUGGGGAGCACGACCUCUUGCUGCGUGUCUGCAAGCCCCAAGCUCCGCAGAAAUGCCCACUCCAGGCUGGAGUCGUACCACCAGGAGUCGGAGCUGAGCAGGGAGGAGACGGGAUGCAACCUGCAGCACAUCAGCGACAGGGAGAACGUCGACGAGUUGAAUAUGGAAUACAAUCCAUCGGACCAUCCGCGGGCCAGCACCAUAUUCCUCAGCAAAUCUCAGAACGAUGAGAUGCCCUACAGGAAUGCGCGAGAAAAACGAAAAAGCCUCUUUGUCAGUAAUCAUGGAACAUCGAGGCGGAAAUACAGCUCCUGCUCCACCAUCUUCCUAGAUGACAACACAGUCAGCCAGCCCAACCUCAAAUAUACCAUAAAAUGUGUAGCACUGGCGAUUUACUACCAUAUAAAAAACAGGGACACCGAAGGAGGAAUGCUGUUAGAUAUAUUUGAUGAGAAGCUUCAUCCUCUUUCAAAAUCAGAGGUGCCGCUGGACUAUGACCAGCACGACCCGGAGCAGAAGCAGAUCUACCGGUUCGUCCGGACGUUGUUCAGCGCCGCUCAGCUCACUUCUGAGUGUGCCAUCGUCACACUGGUGUACCUGGAGAGGCUGCUGACCUACGCAGAGAUUGACAUCUGUCCGGGAAACUGGAAGAGGAUCGUUCUGGGUGCUAUCCUGCUGGCCUCGAAGGUCUGGGAUGACCAGGCCGUAUGGAAUGUCGACUACUGCCAGAUCCUCAAGGAUAUCACCGUGGAGGACAUGAAUGAGUUGGAGCGCCAGUUUCUGGAGCUGCUGCAGUUCAACAUCAACGUGCCGUCCAGUGUCUACGCCAAGUAUUACUUUGACCUGCGAUCGCUUUCAGAGUCCAACAAUCUCAGCUUCCCCCUGGAACCGCUCAGCAGAGAAAAGGCACAGAAACUAGAGGCUAUUUCCAGGCUAUGUGAUGACAAGUACAAGGAUGUACGGAGAGCAGCAAGGAAGCGCUCGGCCAGCAUGGACAAUCUAUGUGGGAUCAGAUGGGUUCCUGCAAUCCUCUCCUAACCACUAUUAAUCUCCCUGUACUUAAAGCUGGCACCAGGCUGGUUGAGAAAACUCUCAAGGCCCACAUUAGUGGAGACAGACCAACAUGGUUCUGUGUCCGAAAACUUCACUUUGGAUACCCAGAUAAUACCAACAUGUGGAAUUUGGUGGAGUGAUUGAAACCCGAAGUCACCCUCUGGACCUCACAGCUUCAAGCGGGAGGCAAGAAAGUGAAACCACAUCUGGAGUAGUUUCUGGUGGUGAGGGGCUUGCCAGAGAGGUUUCAGACUUAACCUAAUGCCUUCACAGUGCCUCAACUUCUGCCUCAACUUCUGUUCAUGAAAGAGAGAAGGACGUUCCAGGUUGUUAUGUCAUCUGUGGAGAAAAUUCAAGUAUUGGACCAACCAACAGCGUCCUGCACAAGACAGAUGUGAGCGCUAGGACAUGGACCUGUGAAGCUGUCUUAAAGUAUGGCACUCAAUUCAGUUUUCUGACUAAUCUGUGUCUGGCCUAAUUUGUAAGAUUUGACAUAACCUGCCUUUGAGAUGGUCCUGCAACUUCACAAUGAAGCAUAUUAUUUAUUUUACCUGAUUAUGUGAACUAAUGUGAAUAGUUACAGCUGCCUGAACCCAUAGUACCUGUAGAGUUUCAAAAACGGUAGUGUAGCACUGGAAUUUCUACCGGUUAUUUAUUAUAACAAUAAUACAAGUGUUAGCAAGUUUUCUCCUCGGGAAAUCUUUAUAUUCAAGUUUUACAGUAUUUCUAGUGUAUUUCUCAAUACUCAGGUAGUCUGUUUAAUCUUUCGAUUUAUUGUGAUGCAAAUAGAAGGAGCCAGAAUGAAUAACAAGUUGUGACAACAUUCCCACAUAUGUCACUGACGCAUUCUGACAUACUUAUGGACAUAAUCAAACAAUCAUUAAGAGGUUCCAGUAUUCAUCAGAUUUUGGUUACAUCUCAACAUGACUUGGUCAAGAUGUUUUAGCAGCAGCCCCAUGGAAGCUUUGAGUGGAUUAAGCAGACCUCUCUGCUGACAUCUAGUGGACAUUUGUUGGAAAUUCUUCAUUGGGAAUGACCCCUUGAGAUGCACAUGCCUGUUUUCAAGGGGAUCCUCAAUGACAAAUCAAGUACAAUAUAAGAACAAUUAGACAAAACAUUAAACAAAACACAGAAAUAACAACAAGAUGAUCAAACGAUAAUAAAUUUAAAUAAAUAUCUAAUAAAAAGACCUACUAAAUCAGCAUUUGAGCAUUGCGGAAAACGACCAUUUCAGGGGAUUUAAAUGGUCAGUAUAUUUAGCACCAAAAUAUCCUGUUCUGUGAAACUCAACCUCAAAUCAACAGAAUAAAAGCCAACAGUUCAGUAUAAUGGUCUGAGAGGUGUAAGGAGGCACAGCACUGCUUUGUUCUUAUUUCGGCACCAUAGAGCUAGAUAACAAAACAUUCCAUCUCCAGUACAUUUGGAAAGGCAUAAAUAAAAAAUCUCCAGUUUCAUGAAUCUCACGCUCAAUAGCCCCUUACCCCAGUGUCUGCUUGUUUGAUGCUGAUCAUUUAAUUUAAAUUGAAGGAAUACAGUACAUCGAUGUAUGCAGUCCUUUUUAAAACCCAGCAACUAAAAAUGCAUUUGCAUGAACCUACAAACAAAGCUGUUUUUCUUCUUCCUCACGAGGUCACAGCUUUGAGUUAUCAGGUAACAGACACUCUUACCUUGCUGAGGAAAAGGGAACGGAAAGUUAACUUUUCAACAGUAGUCUGGACCAAAGAAAACUAUGAAAUGUGGGUGUGAUCAUAAUACAUGACCUCAUAACACCACAAAACCUAAAAGAAUUGUAUCUCUUCUUUCGAGCAGGUGGUUUAUAGUUGGAAACACAGUUCUUUAUAAAAACAACAUUUGGAUGUCACAAGUAUGAUCUUCCAGUAAUCAGCUUUCUCCAGUGUGUCAACAAUAACAAUGUGUCCUGUUGAUCCGUCCUUAAGAAAUAGUGUCCAUGGAAAAAAGCACCAGUCAUGGUGUACGCCCCAAAAUUCAGAAUGGUCCAGAUUACUAAAAGAAUAGAAAUAAGCCACUAUGGGUGUAUUCAUUCACUGUAAAAUUAUUUUGUCAUUGCCUGUAAAAUCAGAAUUAUUAUGUGGAACAUGCAAAAAUUGGACAAAUGUGAAAUAAUUGCAGCACACUUGUACACUUUUCAAGAUGACGUAACUUUUUAAUCAAGAUCAAGACUGUUGAGCCAAGUCCUUAGAAGUAUUUAAAACUGUAUUUCCAUUUUCAACUGCUGCAGGCAAAUAACUGAUCAGGUUCUGAUGGUUUUUUUCUCGUUUGUCUGAAAACUAAAGCACUAAAAUGUAAUUAUUUUGCAUAUGAACUUUGUACAAUGUAUAAAGAGUUCAAACUGAGACAGGGCAAUUGUGAGCUAUUUAAGGAUGGGUUGAUUUGUGUUUUUAAUAAAAGAAAAUGCUCUUGUCUAAUAA